AUGUCUCGUGAGUGGAGUAACGGAAUCUUCGGGUGCUUCAACGACUGCUCCACCUGCAUCAUCGCCUGGUUCUGCCCCUGCUACGUCUUCGGCAAGAACGCAGAGGCCGUCGGUGACAGCUGCGUCUUGUGCGCCCUCUCCCAGUUCAUCCCCCUGCUGGACCUGUGGGCCCGUGUCUCCGUCCGAGGAAAGAUCCGUGAGCAGAAGGGCAUCGAGGGCUCGUGUUUCAAGGAUCUCAUCUGCCACUGGUGUUGCGGUAUAUGCGCCAUCGUGCAAGAGGCUCAAGAAAUCAAGGCUCCUGGCGGCCAGGGAAUGGCCCGCGAAUGA